CCCGCCAGAGCCCGGUGUUGCUUGUGCCGAUGCCCGGCCGCUCCAGGAGUCUCCUGGCCCUUUGUCGCCGCUGAGUCUAAUCCGGAACUGCUCCGGAGUGUGGUGCGGGUGCGGGUGUGGAGCGGCUUGUCCAGGUCGGCAGCGGCAGCGGCAGCGGCGACCUCAGGGCAAGACUCCAGAGUGUUGAGUCAUGCAGGAUGGUAAAUGUUUAAAAUAGAAAGCUUACCAUGGCAACAUGGGUGGAGGGGAAACCUAUCCCACUGCGGAAGAAUACCUUGAGUGACGUGAAUGAUGUCAGUGAGAUAAAGACUCCCUGGGCUCGUGGAAGUCCUCUUUCAGAUGCAAGCAAUAAAGCCCUGGACCCAACAACUCCAACUUCUCAUAUAUUCGAUGAAGGCAAACUGAGUUACAAUUUGUGUUCGGUAACCAAGACUUUAAUAACCCCAAGACCAAGAGUUUCUCCAAGACCAUUUUCCUCAGAAAAAUCCUUUGUGCCAUUCUCACCUUUCCGGAUCACACAAGCACCUGAUGCACCCUCGGAGCUUAAGAGAGUAACUUCGAAAGUUACUCCAUCAGGGAAGCUGUCUGCAGCUACAGGUGAUGAGGAAGCACGGUUCAGGGGCACAGCAGCAAAGCAUUCACUAGCUGCUUCACCACUCUGGUCUUCAGGAUCUUCAUAUGGACCUGAGAGCAUCAGUUACGUUGGGGCAAGUGAUUCUCAGGAGGAUAAAAACAUGCUUCAUUUGCCUUCAACACCAAAUCUCUAUAAUGUUGCAGCUUCCUCUUCCAGCGUAGUCUUGAAUUCGGAAAGUAUGGCAGACGAGGAGAGAGACUAUUCCAAAGCGAAGGCAACCACAUUGGUUAUUUUGGAAACUUCUACUCAGAAGUUAAAAUCCAACAACUCCAUUGAAGGUGACUCAAAAGCUGGGAAAUGGAUGAGCAGAGAUGGACCAAAGGAUCUCCAGAUGCCAAGGACCUCAAAACCUUUUACGUUGCCUAAACCAUCCUUCCGUUUUGGGAAGUGCACCUUAAGUGCCAUUCAAGGGAUCGGGACGUCAGAUCCCGCAGCGCCUCCUCUGAGUGUUUUGGAAAAGUUGGACCAAAGUGUACGACAAGACACAGACAACACAGAUAAGGAAAGGGACAUUGCUGACACCUCAUUUCCUCGCAGAUCCCAUCCAAGGAAAUCCAGGCCGUUAUCUUCGUGGCUUUCUGGAACGACACUUGACCAGAAAUCAGAAACCCCCAUAAAACAUGAUGAAAAUGCUGCUUCUCCUGAAAAACCAUGGCUUAAAAAGCCCAGGCCUCUGUCCAUGGACCUAACCGCCAGGUUUGAAGCAGCAGGGUCCAUGGUUUACAAUAGAAAUACCAGCCCAUUGGAGGAAAGCAAAGAGAAUGUCCCCGUCAUGCAAACGCCAGGUGCUCUGUUCUCAGGGACCAAACUCAAAGCAGAAGGGUCAGCAGCGGAAAUGGAGAUAUCCAGGUCUCCCACGUCUCCUGAUGACCCUGAAAACAAAGGAAGGAGUUACCUGUUUGCUGUCAAAGAAACCGUUAAUAGCAAUCCAAAGAUAGAUAUCAGUAGAAAAGAUUACAAGGGUCUUGUAUUGUCUGAGACAAAAAAAGAAGAGGAAAUGAGUUCAAGAGAAAGCAAGACACUGUGGCACAAUGAUAAUAGUGACAAUAUAACCAUUGCAGCAUCCAGGAAGGAGGAAAAGGAAGAGAGAACGUUCACUACCUCAUCAAAAACUAAAAAGGAGAAAUUGGAAAGUAGCCAGGAGCAACAUAAAAGUUUGGCAAAUAGGGAAUUGGAUAACAUUUCUAGUCUGGAGCCUGCUCCAAAUGAUGAAAAUCCUGGUUUGGGUUCAAAUGAUCGAGGACCGAAAGGGAAUAGAACUCCAAUUUGUGGUGGGAUGAUUAAGAGACGCAUCAGUCUUCUCAUUAACAAUGCCAGCAGCAGCCCAGCAAAAGCCGAGGGCACGCAGGCCGCCGGUGAGAAGGAGAAGAUAAACAUCUGUGUCAAGCAGCAAGUCCAAAGCUUCAUUUCUGAGAACAAAGAACAAGUCCAAAGUCCCCAAAGACGGUCACUUCCACCUCGACCACUAUCUUCAGAUAUAACCAAACUGUUUGAGACUCGAGCAGUUGUCGACGCUGGUCGUUUGGAGAAGCAGGUGGAUAUGACUGUCUUUUCAUCUCCAGAAUAUUCCGUUUUGCAGAACGCUCAAGAACAGAGAGGGAUGGAGAUCAUUGAAAAAGAAAAUGAAGUUGAAAGAGACUCGGUAGGAAAAGGCCAGUUGCAUGUGGCGGAGCCGGAACCAGAGUAUAUUUGGAGCAGACUUAAUUCAGUGAAGAAAGUGAGGAAAGCUUUGGAUAAAGGGACCACCGAAGAGGAAACCAGCUUGGGGAAAAUGAUCAUGCCAAACGAUGCCGGGAGGAAGAGGGAGAUGAAGAUUGGGACCAGUGCGCCUGAGACCAUUGUUGCUUCAACAACCAAACUUGGUUCCCAAUGUUCAGACAGACCGAAAAGUGAGCCUGAACCAUUGAAGUCUGAGUUGCUGGUAAAACCUGUCAGAGUCUUUGUAGCUGAAAGUGAGACCCAACAUCAAAGGGUCCCAGAGAUAAUGGACUGGGAAGGUUCUUCCAACUCGGCAGAUUCCCGCUUUGAUAAAGGGAGAAGAUCAGAACAAACUUCCAAAUCCGGACCAAAGAGCUACUUGGCUAUGAGAGCAACAGUUCGAGUAACACAGGAUGAACUCGAGAGCAAGAAUACAACAUCUUCUCGGGUUGAAGAUACACCUUUAGAGCGGAAAGAAAAGAUUUACUUUGAAACAGAGGAACAAUCUGAUUCUGGGUUUUACUCUGGAAAGAUCACUGAACGAAAUGUUCCCAUUGUGCUGCCAGCUGGAGGUGACGAGAAAGUUGGUGUCUUUCAGAAGGUAUGUGAAGAAGCAGUCUGUCCCGCACUCCCAACUACCUCUACAGACAGGGUCGAUGUCCAGAGCACCAGGAGGUCAAAUGUUGCGACAGGUCAAACAAAACUUAAAGAAAAUGUUUGUGGUGUAAGGAGACGCUGGAACCAGCCACAUCCAACCGAGAAUAACACUUCAUUAGCUGCACCAGAUUCUGAUAUCAGUGGGGUGGAGGUGUUCAAAAUAGUGCAAGUUCAGCAGUCGAUACUCAGCUCAGCAAAACCCGGCUCGGAUAAAGUUGGAAAGAAACCAGUGAAAGUGACUCGGCACAGCUCCUUCAAUAACCCAGGCAUGUUCCUUUCAAAACCUAGCACCAGGCAUCCUGACUUAAGAAAAUGUGAUGACUUGAUCAUCCAGGACCUGCUGCUGUCUGCCAGAUCCAAGAAAGAUCCAAAGUGUCGGGACAAUAUUGAAACUAAACAUUGGUUGCAAGAUGAGGCAGCUUCAGAUUUCUAUUGGAAAGCCCCAUCAAAGGCAGGAAGGGAUGAGAAAAGCAAGAAGGUUUCUUCAGAAGUCAACGCUGAUCAAAUGUAUGGUUCUUCAACUGAGGCUGGCUACAAGAAGCACAGCUAUGUUUCAACUGAUUGGAGGACAGACAGCUUCCGUGAAGAGUUCUCCAAAGAUUACCCCAAGUUUUUCACCCCAGAAAAACCAAAAUCGACUUUGUUGACUGAAGAGUUUCUUGCCAAGCCAUGGACCGACAGCGUGGAGGAUUCGUCAGAGGAGGCCCAUGUAACACCAACUGUGCAAAAGUCUAAAGCGGCAGAUGUUGAGAAACCAAGAAAGACCAAAUGUCACAAUGUUUUAGACCUGGAUGUUUUUAUGGCAGAAUACAGAAUAGAAAGUUCAGCGAGGAAAAUUGAAGAACCAAAUAGUUUUCAUUACCAGAAUAAGAAGAGCGACCACCAUUCCAAAGCACUUCAAAAAGAUUAUGAAGAACACGGAAGCCCAAAGUUGUCAAAAUCUGCUGAUCUAGACGCUGGAAAAUCAUCCCUUUCAGGCAAAAGGAAAAGUACUUCUGAUAAGCUGAUUAGAAAAGCUUUGCACCGCAGCAGCAUCCUUGACCUCGAUGCCCUGAUGGCUGACUACACGAAAGAAUCAACAAGACCUGCUGAUGUUCCCCAAAAGACAUCUGGAUCCAAACUAACCAGUGGCCUGUCACCUGGUGUAAAAAUUCAGGAAACAUUUUCACCUCUUUCCGAAGAAGUGACCUUGCCACGAGGUGAUCAAGUAAAGAUAUGUCACGCUGCAGAACUAAAAAUGGAUGCUUAUGAUGGUGCAGUCAGUGAUGUGAAAAAGUUCUCCAAAGAAGAGAAGACAGCAGGCAGACCAUCCUCCACCGACUAUGAGCACAAGGAGUUGAGGAAGUACGAGGGUCACUCAGCCGGCCAGCAGUCAGAGGGUGAACGGGGUGGGGACCCCAGCCCAGUGCUUCCUGUCAGCAGACGGCCCCGGCACGAGAGGAGGAAGAGUAGACCAUCCUCUGCUUGUGUCGGGCACAGGGAGGUGCAGCAGCCCAGUGUCCCUGCAGAGGGACAGAGAACAGAGGCUGGCAGAGACAGAGGGGAGAUGAUACCCAAGUAUGGCCAGGGGGAGAUGAUACCCAGCGGCAGGGAAGCCGGGAAUGAGGAGGGAAGGUCCAUGACUCCUAUGGAGAUGGGCCACCCACAUCAAACACCAGGAGGGCUUUACCUGGAUCCUGAGACUGGAAGCUGGGAUUAUUUGGCUGGUUCAAGGAGAUCUCUGCAUGGUUCUUCAUAUAACGUACUGGAGAAAGAAAAGAUUGUUGAACAGUCAGUAGAUGACGAACAGCGUUCAGAGGCGAAAAGCGGAGUAACGGGAGAUGGGGAACAUUCCGCCCAGAAUUCUCCCAGGAUAAUGAAGAGCCAUCCCAAAGAUACUCGCCACUUGGUUUCAGAGGUGAAGAAAUCACGGUCUUCUGCAAUUCCCAAGAAUCCACAAAGGGCAGCCGAUGGGCCUGCACUGAACCAGGAAGGCACAACAGCAGACUCCAAACCCCACAGAGGCAGAAGGAGCCACUCCUCUGACCGGGUUCACAGCAGUAGUCCAGAGCUUUCAAAGCUUAGGCUGCCAUCAUCAGGGGAGGAUAAGUCGGAUUCCCAACGUGUGGGAAAGGAGGAAAGUUUGGAUUUCCCAAGGAGGACGAGACGGACGCUCGAGGAUAUGAUUAAGAUGUCUGCAAAGGCCACGAAACCGCGUGAAACAGUCGCCCAUUCCAGGCAGGAGGUGGCGCAGGAGAAACGUCACGUGCACAAGACAGACAGGGUGAAGCACUGCUGCAUAACUCCCAUCACAAAGGAAAAGGACACUGAUGCCCUUGUGCAGGAGAGAGGCCAGUUUUGCACACCUGAAGACAAAGACCACUAUGGCACCUACGAGGACAGAGGCUCCAGCAAUGACGAGCUCGAAGUGGGCAGCAGAAACAAUGAGCUGGAGUGCUACAAAGAUGCAAUACCACCGUCACCCAGCAAGGACCGUACAGGUGAUCCACAAAGCAUGUCGUUGUCCUCGCAGUCAGAGGCGACCCCUGCCAGCGAGAAGAUCCUGGAACCAAAGUCCGGCCUUUUGAGCUACGAACUGGAGUCAACAGAUGACACGGACAGUUCCCAGUCCACCUGCCCACCUGCUCAAGAUGAUCAAACGCCACCACGAUUCUCAUUUCUGGAGCCGGUGACCACCCUGGACAGUUGUGCCCAGAAAAGCCGCAUCCAGCUCAGCAGGAAGACGAUUCGUCGGGCGCCAACAAAGCACAGGAAGGGGGGCGUGGGGGAUUACUGCGACGGCACAGACCAAUUUCUAGAAACAGGUCUGGAAGCCAGCAUGUACAAAGACUCAACGGAACCCAGGCCAUUUGACCUUGAAGAAUUGACCACACAGGAGAUCAAAGCAUGUGAGAAACCUCCAGUGUCACAGUGUCAAAAAGUUGCAAUGUUUCCUGGGAUGGAUCCUGCAGUACUAAAGGCCGGCCUGCGGAAAACUCGACCAGCGGGUGAAGAUGUGGAUGAAUCGAAUUCCAAAACUUGCAAGCUUCGUUCCCAGCAAAGUUUCAGAGUUCUGCCGCCAACAAACGGCAAAGGGGAAGGAUCUGAAGUAGCGGUUCCUUCAUGGUUACAGGAGCUAAAAUCAAAGAAAAGAUUGAGUCAGCUUCAUUCUUCUUCAGACCAAUGAAUGAAUAAUCCAAACAGAACAAUGAGUCCGAUACAAGCCUUAACUGUCCACCAUCUUUAGAAGAAACAAACCUUGUGCUGCUCCCGUUGCUUCCUGCCUCGCUGCCUGCAUGGUGCCUUCCCAUAGUACUUUGUGAAUAAGGCUGCUUAAAGUUCACACAUGAAUCCGAAUAAUGCUCUAUUUUGUCAGAUACUAGGGUUCAUUGCCUGGAACUCUUCAGAAAUGUCACUUUAAAACAAAUGAUAAAUAAAGACCAAUCUAAUGACUGUGAUGAGCUUGGUUGCUCUCCACAGUGCUUCGGUGAUGCCAGGGGUUGUAUCUGUGGAAGUCUGAAUGGAAGAGGAGGUGAUCCAGGACAUUCUGUUGCAUGUGGUCACUCUCGCCAGUUUACACAGACAACUGUUCCAGAAAAUUCUUGAAUAGUGCUCUAAUGCAAAAAGCAGGUGAGCCAAACUUAAUGGGAUUCACCGCCACCUGACCAGGACUUUCUUACAUGGUUUUUGUUGUUUGAGGAUCACUGAAGCUUUGGUGCUAGUGUUAAAGAGACAAAAAAAAGUUCUAAAAAUCAAUUCCUUUUUUAAACUUGUCAGCAUCACCUUUCUUAAUGAUGCAAUUUCACAAUAAUCUGGUGGGCUACCUUUACCAUGUGUUAGUAUAUCACUCGUGCCCAUUGGGUAUCCUGUAUGUAGCAUUACAUUUGCGUUUUGGGGAAUUAAGUAUUAAACCAACAAUCGCCAUCCCCUCCCACCAAGGAAUUGAUUUUUACCACUUUGGUUUUUAUUCACUCCCUCUGAACUCUUGUAAUGAAGAUCUCGACAGUGUGUGUGUUUUCUGUUUUUAUAACAUGUAAACAGAUGAUGAAAAUGUUUAUCACCAUGACAGGAAUGUAAGUGUGACUGACUGGUUACAUCACAGGCUGUUUGGUUAGCUGUAGAACAAUUUUUACAAGAUUCUUAUGUCCUUGGCAAAAAUCGAUUUUUGCCUGAUUUAAGCACUCACCAAUGUUCAUCAAUUUCUGAAAUAUCUGCCAACCUGCCAGGUAGGCAAAUGCCUUGUUCAAGAAUUGAGCUUCUGUUCAAUAUAUAGUGAAUUAUUACUUAUUUUUAUUAUUCCUUCAGAUGCAGGAAGAAAAGCAAUAACCUGUUAAAACAGUAACUGUCUGCAAAACGCAAUGUAAAUAUUUGUUGGUUUUGUGUUGCCUUUGUAAAUGAGUAGUAAAAGUGGGGCAAGAAAGUGAAUGGCUUGGCACUCAACGGUGUGGCUAAUAGCCCCUUGCCCGCGCUUCCCGCAGUAAACAGCAAAUACCUUCAAGGCAUUAGGUUAAUAUCUAGGUACCAGGGAUACCAGGUAAUGACUCAAAAAUGUCACCAGUCUUCAUUGGAAAAAUAGUGCUGCAGACCAUACAAACUUCUACCUUUGCCUCCCUACUCGUGGCAUAUAAUUGCAUACAUUUUUCUCUUCUUUGGAAAGAUGAAGAAAAUAUAAAAUUUAAGAUUAACGCAAGUAGUGUUAGAAUGAUCAAAGGUGUUAAUUAUGAGUCUGGGGAUACCAUUGCAAUGCAAUCAUAGCCAACAGAGGGAGGAGGAUGAGAAUGUGCCCUGGGUGCAGAUGCAAAUGCUGUCUUUGUCCACUGCCUUUUCUUUCCCUGUGGGUUUGCAACAUGCCACGGCAUUUAUUGGAUUGUACAGUUAAAUACAUAUUUAACAGGUAUGAGGGAUUCCCUUUUGUUCAUUUCAUAGUUAGACAUUUCAAGGAACUUGCCAUUGUAUGUGAGGAAUAAAAUCUUUGGUAAGAAGAAAGUUGUUGUUCCAGUGUGGAAGGGGUACCAGACUACUGGAAUAUGCUUCCAGUUGACCAGGGCAAACUUUAAGUUAGCUUUCACCGUAACUGGUUCUGAGCUCCCAUGGGUCUUGUGCCAAGUGUUUACAUUCCCACUCUUCUCAAAGGACUCUCUGGUUUACUCCUUUAUCAUGUCUAUGAUUGAGAUCUGGGUUUUGUUUCUCAAUGUUCAGAGAAUGCACUGAAAUGAGACUGAACUCCUAAGAGGAAGUCUGGAUGUUGUAUAUUUUUUAUGGUGAAACAUUCAGAAUAAAGUUUUACAGACUGUGAAUUGCUGUGAUUUUAGCAUUUAGUUUCUAUAACUUUUUAGACACAUUCUAGUCCUUUGAAAGGAGAAAACCAGGAGAUGAAAUCUAACAAAUAAGGAAGGCUAACUUGGUACAUUUUCUGAUCCUUAGCAAUAUGACUAGAUAUAGAAAAUCAUGAUUUCUAUUUUUACCACCCAAUAGAGGCCCUGAUGUCUUUUGGUUAAAAGGGAACCUUAAAAACAAAUGAUGUCAUUGUCACAUUGCAGUUAUUAGUUCUUAUCCAACAAAUUCCAUUGAAUUGAAGGCACAUUGGUUUGAAAUGUUGCCUCAUGUUCCCAAGAUCUAUAGUGAUAACUAGACAUGCAUGUGUUCCUUCCUGUUUAAAUUAUUAUGCUUUUAAUGUUGUUUCUUUUCAAAGUGAUUUGAAUGCAACACAAAUUGAUUUUUACCGAGACCCAGCACAGACACUGUCUAUUUAUUCUAAGCUGUAAAGAUUUACACAUAAUUGGAAGCAUUUCCAGUAUAGUUUUAAUUUCCAGCAAUUCCUUUCUAGAUUGACCUUCAGCUAAUCACUGCACGACUCGGCAGUCUCUCUAAGCCUUUAUUCUGAAUGUACGUUCUGAGAAUUAUAACAAAGUAUAUGGUAUUUUGUAUUUUGAAAGAAUGAUCAUGGUGAAUGCGAUAUUUGUAAUUACUAAAGUUUCUUUUUUAUGUAUUUUAGUUUUACAAUCUGAUCAAUUCAUGGUGUAUAAAUGAGUCCUUUGUUAUGUUUAA